GUUAGCUGUGAAGAUUGUUGACCAGCACGACAGUGGUUUACUGACGGUCUUUCGGCAUUCCAAGCAGAGAGCUGCCGAGAGAGGGAGACAGAGAGAGAAAGACAACGGCGGCGUGCAAAAGCAAGAAUUACACACAGUGUGCUGCGCGCUUGGGUCAGUGUGCGUGUAUCCAUGGCUGUGUAAGUGUCUCGUCGUUUUCUCGCGUCAGAGAGAAAGAGAGAGAGAGAGAGAGUGUGUGUUCCCACGGCUGGGGACAGGAGACGUUCACACACACAGACCGCGCGCAUAUUACACGUACACACGAGCAAAAGUCGUGAGUUUCGCGAAGCUGCCGCGACAAGCGCAAGUGUAUGUGUGCGCGCUCUCUGAGGCGACCUGGUGCACGCACUAACACACGCACACACACACACAUCAUCACCGCGCAUAGUGCGAGAAAACUGCUGCUGCUUGCUUGAGAGAGCAACGAAAACGAGAAAGAGAGAGAGAGAGAGAGAGAGAGAGAGAGAGAGAGAGAGAGGGCGAUUAUCUUACGAGCAGCAGUAGCCCCAGAGAACACGAGGAUACGCACAGUGCCAUCCUAAGUUUGACGAAGAGAAAAAAAACACGUCCUACGAAGCCCGCGAAGACGCCGAGAGAGAGACUGUGCGAGAGUGCCGAGAGCUCGCAACAUCCGCCGUGCGCUCUCGUCUCUGUGUUGUUCUUUUUAUUUUGGCGCGGCGAAAGGGCAGCAGCAAUUCGAGCAGCACGAGUGAGAGAGAGAGACGGAAAGAGCCAGAACCAGAGCAAGUGAGACAGGAGGCGAAGAUUUUGUGGCUCCGCGAGCGUCCUGAACGCGCCUUACCCUCGUCGUCAUCAUCGUCGCCGAGGUCGUCGUCGCCGGGCGGCGGCAGUAGCGCCGCUGCUCAUGAGGCCUCGGCGUGGUGAUCAGGGUCUGCCCACGACCUAGCCUCGCUUUAUUCAAAACCUCGUAAGCCUCGUCAGAAAAUAAGCAAGUAUGAAGACCGAGAAGAAGUCUAGCGAGCCGAGCUGCGUGCCUCCGGCGUCAGUCAAGGAAGACGCUGAUAAUGCUGAGGCGAGGAUCAAAAUCAAGGAAGACACACCAGCAACUGGUAAUGACAAUCUUAAUGAUGAACCCAUCAACGACGAUCCUGCUGAGGCUGCGCUCAAAGAUGCUGGGCUCGAGGUGGCUGUGAGCACUGCUGAUCCCACGAUACCUCCUGACAAUCAGAAUGGCCAAUCUGGUAAUCAAGCUCUUCUCAAUUCUGGCAAACAAGAACAAGAUUCCAUUGGUGGUAAUGUGGAAGAGAUGCCUUCUGAAUGUGGAGCAAAUGUCGUUAUGCCCAUUGACGGAAUGCCACCAAUGAUUGGUAGUGCAAUGGUAAAGCAGAUAGCUGCUGCAAAUGCAGGUGAAGCUCAAUACAUGCAGCAACAGAGCCAAAUAUUUGUUUUUACGACACAAAUGGCUAAUAAGGGAGCAGAAGCUGUCUUGCAGGGUCACUAUCCAACAAUUAUUGCUUAUCAUAUGGCUCAACCAAGUACAAAAAAGUUUCUAGAGAAAUUUCCAAGCAAAACGUCGCACUUCCGACAAAAUCCACCGCAGUGGAUGAAUAACAUUGGUGCAAUGAAACAGAAAGGUCUUCAACACAGUCCGAAUAUGGGAUUUCCCAGUGAACAGCCUCCUGAUAUUCCUCCGCUAGAUCCUAAUGAUCCUUUCUGGAACGAACAGCCAAACAUGCGUAACUUAAACGGCAGUAAUCCAUUGGGAAACCCCGACUCCUCAUUAGAUGAUACAAAUAUUAAUGUGCCUUGCCUUGUGCCCACCUCACCUAAUAAUGCAGCGAAUCCCCAAGCGAUUGGUGGCCCAGCGAUAGGUCAUAGUCCAAAUAUGAUGGGCAAUCCAACCAGUCCGGGCUCUGGAGGGGUGCAGCCGUCGUUACAGGGUGUAAAGAUACCCGAUGAAAAUCUCACCCCGCAACAGCAGCAGCAUCGAAAUGAACAGCUGGCGACAAUUGCGAAAAUGCGCCAGAUGCUCUUUCGUGAACAAACGGAUCCUACCGCUGUCGGUCCUAUGGAUCCGACGCAAAUCGGUGCCCAAGGGCAACUUGGUCCUUCCGGUAGUCUUCCACCAGUAAACGCUCCCAAUCAGUGCGGCCCGAUGGACUGGCACAAAAUGCAGCAUUCACUAUUCGAUGGGAAAAAUAAGGUCGGUGUGAAUAGUCCAGGUGUGCCAGUCCGUGGUCCAGGUGGUCAAUUACCUGGUGGACCAGGUGCGCUACCCCCAGGUUCUGGAAGCAAUGGACCACCACCACGAAGUCAAGGUCCUCCACCUCCGUAUCAUCAAACGACAAGGUCGGCAUCGGUGCCGAUCGCUAUCCAGUCGCCGAAUCCAUCGUCGCCAAAUAAUCCAACGAGCAAUUUGUCGCUACCGUCCCCGAGAGCAAGUUCUGCCCUCAACUCGCCGGCUGAUUGCAAUCGUCAAUUUCAACUGGGCACCAAUCAAAGAGGUCAAUUGCCUGGACAGAGUCCAACAAGCCAGGAUUCGCCGGCUACAGCCGCGGCGGCGGCGGCGAACGCCAACAGACUGAAUCACAGCAAUCCUGGUACUCCUAUGUCGCAAAAUCAUCUAGGCGCGAUGAGUCCUAGUGGAACGCCGCAAAAGGAUUUGGCGUCACUCGAUUUUCCAAACAGUCAACCACCUAAUGUUGAUGCAAUGUUUUGUCGAUCGUUACCGUCGAUGGCGCAACAGAAACAGCAAAUGGGUCCUGGUGGUCAAGUUGUCAAAGAGCUCAUGCCUGUUCCGAGUCCGCAACAAAUAUCGUACCUCAAUACCUUCGACGGGCAAGAGCUUACAAUUCAGAAGCAGCCGAAUACGAGUUUAAAAGACGGCAGCUUACCAGCGAAUAAUCAAGGCAAUAACAAUCCGGACAUGACGAAUCGCAUGUUGCCGGGCGCGAUGAGCAAUAGCGGCGGUGGUAACGACAACACGAGUAAUAACCAGUAUGGUCCGCGAUCGGAGGGUGCGAGCCCAUCGAUGGACAGCUCAAAUAGAGGUUUUGGUGGGACGUUACACAGUCCACACACACCACAUACGCCGCACACGCCGGGAAGUGUGGCACCUCACACACCAGUCGACCCUGCAAAACAGCACAACAAAACGACAAGCGCACAAAGCAGUCCUGCCUCGCAUAACGCUUCACUCGCGGACAUUAAUAUGGGACCACCUCGUACGCCGAACACCAAAUCCGAGACAUCUCCAACGUCGAAAGACCAACAGCAGCAGCAGCCGCCACCGCCAUCGCAACAGCAACAACAGCAAUCGCUGAAUCCUGGAAUUGGACCGGGUGGUAUGAUGACUCCGAUGGUUGGUCCUGGGGGCAAUGGCAAUCCCUUUGGCUGUGGGCGACCGACGACGAGUCAAACAAACGACAAUAUCCCAUUGAAUCCCAACAACAUGAACAACAGAAUAGGUGGCCUUGGAUCGAUGUCGAGCAACAGUUUCGAUCCCAUCACGUCGCUUGCCCAAAUGAGCCAGCAACUGACAAACACCGCUGCGAACAACGCGUUAGGAAACGACAACUCGUCGAUGCACUCGGGCAAUCCAGCAGGCAUGAUGUCUUUUAAUAACCCUCACAAUGUACACAUGAUGCAGAUGCAACAGCAACAGCAGCAGCAACAGCAGCAGGUUAACGAGAUGAACGGCGGUUGUCACAUGACCGGCGGCCCUGGUGGCCCGACGAGCGAACCUGGCGAUGUCACGAGUAUUUGUAUGGGUCUCGGUGGUCCGGCGACCAGUUAUAGUCCGACGCCGCACACGGGUAGUCCAGGCAUGUCGGGAAAAAUAGGCUCCCAGCAGCAUCAUCCAAUGAUGCAGCACAGCGGGAUGAUGGGACCGGGCCCUGGUCCCCAAGGCCCUAGCAAUCCAAACAUCAAUGUCUCGCAGUCGGGUGGCUACCCGUCGGGGCCUGGUCCUGGGAUGAUGGGAGGACCCGACGGCGGACCGCAGUCGCGCCACGGCAUGCCACCCCAGCACAUGCACGGCGGGCCCAGCCCGUACAACGGCGCCAACGUGCAAGUCAAACCGAACGCACCUAACACCAUACAGUACUUACCAGCCAGGCCGAACGUCGGCCACGCGCCUCGCGGUCCUCCGAGUCUCGAGUUCCUGCAGCGCUUCGCCAGCCCCGGCAUGUCGGAUCCUAACAAGAUCAACCCACCGUCGGUCAACCUGCAAUAUUUCCCCAACGGCUGCAUGCCUAACAACAUGGGGCCUCAGGGUCCUACGCAGCACGGCAGUAUGGGACCGGGUAUGCCGGGUAACGGACCGCCCGGACAGCCUAUGCAUCCAAACAUGAGGCCGCCUGGGCCAGUGGGUAGGCAGCCGGCCAACAUCCGCAUGCAGCAUAUGGGUGGCGGUGGCAUGUUUCCUGGCAGUCCCAUGGACCCGGACAAGGUGUUCUCGUCCGACAUGGUGCCACCAAGCGCGCUCGGUCCGCCGCAGAAUACCUACGGGCCUGCAGCACCUGGGCAGAAGCAGUCGAAUGCCAUGAGCCAACUGGGCCCACAUCCUCCUGACGCGACACAGCCACUGCCGCCUAGCAUGGGAGGUGCCGGGGGUAAUUUCAAGUCCGGGCCGUUCGUUGGAUCGGGACCAAGCAUGUCGGAUCCUAACUACGCCCAGCAGUUCCAUCACUUCCAGCAGCAACUGUACGCGACAAACAGUAGGGGCAGUGGGCCACCUCAAGGUCAUCCCGGUAUGCAGCCCAACGCCCAUCAACAGUUCUUCAUGCCUAAUAAGUAAGACG